AUGGCCAACCGCGACGAGUGGAUUCAAGUGAGCGCUACGAGAGACGAGAUCGUCCGCAGCAAUGUCUUCGUCAAGCUUGAAGAUGGCGACGGAUGGAGGUCGAAACCCGAAAUCCCCACGGCCAAGGAAAUCCUCCUACUCCAGAAAGAAGCCGAAGGUCUUCCUGAAAAUCAUGUAAAGCAGCCCUGGAAGUCGAAGGAGGACUAUUUGGAGGCUCAAUACGAGAUCCUUCGUCGCGAGGGCACCGAAGGUUUGCGAUUCGCAGUCAACAACUACAUCUACAACAGUAACCACGGACUGCGCCAGGAUGACGAUGAGCACAAGUUCGUCUAUACCCAGGUCCGCGUCAAGUCGUACGUCAUGACAGCAUUGGGACCUCUUGCGCGCGUUGAGUUCAUGCCGCAGCGAGCCAUCAAAUGGCUCAAGUCCGGCCGCCUGAAGCCCGGCAGUCUUCUUGCCCUCACCACCAAAGCCGACAAGUUCAAGACCAUCUGCAAGGUUGCCGUGGUUGCCCAAAGGCCGUACUUGUUUGGCCUUGAUCAAACCCCUCCACUCGUCGACCUCAUGUGGGGCAACCCAGAAGAUGCCGUCUUCGAUUAUGAUCUCGAACUUGUCAUGAUUGAGGCCCGACACGGCUACUUUGAAUCCUCGCGUCAUUCUUUGGUCGGCCUGCAACUGGCUGCCCAGACAGAUCAUAAGAAAGAUGAGACACCAAGCUUCAUACACCAAAACCCUAUCAUGGAUUUCUCUCCUGUUGUGCGCCAACCGCUUGCAGACUUUGAGAAGCUCAAAUCCCUACGCGACUUCAACAUACUUUCUGGGGCUCUCCCAGACGUGGAAGACAUCAGCUUGCUCGACCCCUCGCAGCUAUCCGCCCUUCAUCGAAUGGUCUCCAAGGAGCUGGCCAUCAUCCAAGGCCCUCCAGGAACAGGAAAAACCUUUACCUCGGUGGAAGCAAUCAAAGUUAUGCUUGCGAGUCGCCGGAAGCGUCCAGGACGCAACCCGCCCCUUAUUGUCGCUGCUCAGACAAAUCAUGCCUUGGAUCAGCUGCUUGGCCAUUGUCUUGACGCGAACGUAAAGAUUUUGCGUCUUGGCUCAAGAAGUGAUAGAGAGGAUAUGAGGCCUUACAGCUUGUAUGAGACACGCCGCAAAUGCUCCCGUGGUGGGGGUGGUAAGCGGUUCAGAGAACUGGAGGAUGACCGUCAUACCAACAUCAACAGAGUACAGGCGUUGGUUAACAGUGUUUUUGGGGACAGUCUCAUUGACCCACGCGAGCUUCAUGCACAUGGCAUUAUUACCGAAGCACAGCUGGAAUCUCUGUACGAUGAAGAAAUGGAGACAAGCCCGGAGCUGGAGAAGCUUGGUCCUUUCUCCUUAUGGCUGGGAGACUCUCGAAUCCCGGCCCAGAUUAUUCGCGACAGGCAGCCUCUAGUAUCAGAAACACUGGAAGCUGACGAGGACUUCGAUUAUGAGCGCGACGUAGAGAACAUCGCGUACGAUGAAGAAGACGCAGACAGGAUCAAUGGCAGGGAAGUCAAACUGAUGCAUGUAUGGACCGGAAAGGAGCCCGGACACUUCAAAAGCUGGAAUCAUCGUGCACAACGCUUGCUCAGAGAGAAUGACAACCUCUUUGACAUACCCCAAGACUGGAGGGGCGCAGUUUACCAACAUCUCCAGUCCAAAUUGGUGCAAGCAACAACUCCGACGCUGGCUGGGCUACUGGCCAAAUACGUCGAGAUAUGCAAGCAGCGCAGAGCACUCAAAGCUCGGCAAGAUAUUGACAUGGUCUUCUCACAAGAUAUUGCGGUCAUCGGCUGCACAACAACCGGCCUUACAAAAUAUCGCGCGUUUCUGGCCGGGCUUCAGCCCCUUACCCUACUUAUCGAAGAGGCUGCCGAAACAAGGGAAGGCAACAUUACCUCGGCCCUGUACCCUUCCCUUCAACAGCUCGUUCUGGUUGGUGACCAUGCACAGAUGUCGCCUCGAUGCGACAUUCGAUGGCUCGGUGAACAUCCUUACAACUUGAACGUCUCUCUGUUUGAAAGGCUCGUCAACCUUGACAUGAAUCACAUCAUGCUCAACCAACAGCGUCGUAUGAGGCCGGAGCUGAGCCACAUAGUCUCUCCAUUCUACAAAAACCUACAGGACCACUCCAGUGUUCAAUCUCCGCAAGCACGUCCGGAUGUCCCCGGGAUGGGUGGGCGCAAUUGCUGGUUCUUCGACCACGAAUGGGUUGAGGAAACGAACUCUGACAACAGCAAACUCAACGACCAAGAGGCUGAAAUGAUCACCCUCUUCUUUGUAUAUCUUGUCGCUAAUGGUGUGUCUAGUGAAAAGAUAACCAUCUUGACAUACUAUAGGGGCCAGCGAAGUCUUCUCCUAAGAAACCUGAAAGGGCAUCCGUCGCUUACUGGUUGUUACUUCAACGUCUUUACAGUGGACUCGUAUCAAGGUGAAGAAAAUGAUGUUGUUCUCUUGUCCCUGGUUCGUAGCCCUCUUCCAGCCUAUGGGCGCAACAUUGGUUUCCUGGACAACCAACACCGAGCUGUGGUUGCCAUCAGUCGUGCUCGACAAGGGUUCUAUAUAUUUGGCAACGUCACCAACUUGCUCGAGGCUAAAAUCGAAUCAUCGGUACUAUGGGGUAGUAUCUUCCAUCGAUUUGCCGAUCAGGGCAUGGUCAACCGAGAGCUUGGACUUCCUCUGGUCUGCCAGAACCAUGGAAACGAGAUCUGGAUCAAGGAACUAGAGGACUGGGCCGACAACGCUGGUGGCUGUGACGAGAGAUGUCUCGAGACUAGGCCUUGUGGCCAUCCUUGCACUCUGAGAUGUCAUGCUAUCGCGCAUGAAAAUCUUCCCUGCAGCAGCCCAUGCUUCCGAAUUGUUCCUGAAUGUGGGCACUCUUGUCACGGUCUUUGCGGCGAAAGAUGCUUCCACGACUGUGAGCGCUUCAGACAGGAAAAAGCGCUGGCCAAGCAAGCGCAGAGACAAGAUACAAGCUCACCAAAGGGGAAGACCAUCGAAGAUCUUUUGCUCCAACAUGGUGCUCACGACUUUGGACAUGAGGAGCCAGUCAAGCGCAAGAGUGGUACAUCGGCGGGGAGUCCUGCUCGUGGGCUUUACAGUCAUCUUGGGGAGAUGCCAUUGCGUCCUCUGGAUGACAAUUGGAAGAAUGCCGAAGCCGUAAUCCAGCAAAAGGACAGAGAGCUUGACGGAGAACUCGCGAAGAGGAACGAGAAGUGGUUCAGCCAGCGUCAUCAUGUGCAAGAUAAAUGGAUGCCAACGGGCAUCACGACCUCCGGGAUUCGUGUUCGUGCUGGUCCAAUUAUUACUCAAACCCUCCAGCUUCCGAAUGACUUGCCGGCCAUGACCACCACAACCGCUCUGGCGACUGGUUCUGGGAUCCCUUUGCGUGCUGGCUCUGGUGCUGGCCCAAUCUUUGCGCCUACAUCGAGCCAGUUCCCGAACAUCGCCGCUGUCGCUCAGCCCGAACUUCUGAUUGAGUUUGAGCAAGACAACUCUGCUGCUCCCGAGUCGGGCAUGGCAAACGAGACGACAAGAGAAUUGGAGGAUAAUGGAGAAGAGAAAUGGCUGAUUGAUUUUGAGUAGCAAGGGGAGGGAGGGGAGUACUGGAUUUGAUACCUCGACUUGAUCAAACAGUGUGUGUUCUACGAUAUUGGUCUAUACAAGGCUUUCGACCAUAUUAUGGCUCCGUAUUCAUGACGAGAACUUGGUCCCUCAGUCUUUCAGAGGCAAGGUCAUCCGGUUUCAGGUGGCUGAGAUCUCUUUCAUGUCUGGAUCACCCAAUUAUACCGACGACCUCACUGUCAACAUGGGC